GGUCACUCCACUUACCACAUAUCGCUUACAUUUUUAUUGACUCUUCUGUUACCUGUUCUUUGUCCAUUGCUAACUGAUUCUCCCUUACCGGCCAAUUAUGAAGCUUUCGUUGUCGCUACUAGCUAUCGUCGCUUCCACCGCUCUUGCCCAGAAUCUAGCUAGCACCAACGCAACCGAUGUGCGCGUGGCCGCGGAAUUCGACCCCGAAGAUAUCGCGAGCGCCGCCGAGUGGACAGCAGCCUACGAGAAGGGUACUAGACUGGCCUGUCGACUCGAAGCUAACGACAAGGCCGCGGGAAGACUGUGGCAGGACGUUCGAAACCCACCCUCUGCGCGCAGCCAGUGGGCCGAUGUCACACUCCAGAAAGAGCUGAAGCUUUGGGGUUGGUUCACUGGCAAAUAUGAACAAGAACUUCAUUGCGAUUUUUCCGACGACAAAGACCCUAUGCAUGUGAACCAUCUCGGAACGGUAUUUAAGAGUCUCGGCGUUAACGACAAGCCACGCGAAAAGGGCGGUGAUAACAUGUGUUACAACCUCGAACACUUUGACGCAAACGCCGAGGAUUACGAUGAAGAUACUAUGGAGCAGUACUACGAAGUUGAUGGCCAGGAAUAUCGUUGCACUGGUGCCCAUGUUCGAUUCGGUAUCAACCAACGAGGCGGAAUGAUCAUUGGCGAGAGCUUCGAAAGUCCUAGAGUCGAGGCGGAGGCAAACUGGGGUUACAGCCCCAAACAGGCCGAGCUUCCACAGCUGCAGCGCGUUUCCGACAUCGUGAUGGCGUUCUGGCUUCGCGACAAUCCGGACCCGAAGAAUCUCAAGUACUAUCUUGUGUGCAACAUCAUCAACGAGCGAACUGUUGCGCUCAUUAACGCUAUCCUGAAGAACCACGGUCUCGAUAAAAUACCACACUGGCCCGGCAUUGUAGCCAACAUGUGGGAUGAGGAAGGCCCGGCACUACUUGGAUCUCCGUUGGGUGGCUCGCUCGCCUACUUGCUUGCCCAGCACAAGGCGGAGCUAGGUAUCAAGCACGUCACUGAGGUCGUGAUCUUCAGAGAUGACUUCGCUCAGGAUUGGAGUCCGUAUGUGCAGUUGCUCUUCAGAAUCAAAGACGUCCCGAACCCAGCUCCAGAUCCAGCCCUAGGUGCAGAGUCAGGCCAAGCUCUGAGACUACGAAGUUCAGUCCUGGACGAUGGCUUGAAGAACAGGAUACACAUCCACAAGAUCUUCCCGGAUACUAGGGCUCUUGUUAUCGGGGGCGCAUAGACGGGUGGAGUGUGAAGAGGCUAUGCUGACUAUGUGAUUGGAGUUUAGAUAGCGGUCGAAACUUGUAACGUAUAGUUGAAUCUGGUUUUCGUCCGGUGAUAAGUACCAAUGUGAGCUCAUAAGCAUCGAGGGAACAGACUCUGCUCAAGCAGUAGUCCUGUUAUGACGUGCGUAACAUCCAAACCGCGGACAUAUCUACCGCUCUCACAUCAAUAUCGCGUGACAUCAAGCCCCUUGCGUGCAGAAAGCGCAACAAAUGACGUGAACGCCCCACCCGUGCACUAAGCAUUCUCGCUAAGCAAUUCCCCACCGACAUCCCGCUCGAUGACGUUGC